AUGAAGUCCACAAAGCUUCCAGAUGGCCACGGAAGCCUCUACAAAGAAGUGCGCUUCUCUCCUUCCGAAACCCCUGCCCGCCGCACAAAAUCGGUCUCUGCUGCUUUCCCUCCGAUUAUCUCAGGAUACGGCCGAACCGCAUUCCACGACUCCGCGCUGCUAAACUCUUUCGCCAUGGACACCUCCUACAUUGACCAAUCGCGCGCACUACUUCAAAGCCAACGAGUGAACUUCGAGACGGAGAGGACAUUAUUUGCACAGGAGAGACGAUUAUGGGAAAAAGAGCGCGCAUUGCUUCGAUCAAAAAUCACCGAGCUGGAGGCGAUGGUGAAGGACCAGGGGAACAAAAGAAACCAUAAAUUGGGGCCAGAUGCGGCCAGACUCGUGCUCGGCGCAGCACAACUCAACAAUAGAAGUGGUCUCACAGCCCAGGUGUGGGAGGGUUCAAGUCCAAACAGCCAACCAACAAGGGUAUUCUUCGAUCAUGAAUCUCCAGAUCAAGGGCAUCUGUCGCCGAUGUCUGAAAGUGGGAAACCGCCGUCCCUUGAUCGGGCCCUUUCACCCCAAGGACAGCUCGUAGAUCCAUCUGGAGCACCCGUCAGCUUGCCCGUGCCAAUCGAAAAGCUCGACAGCACCCUAGACGGCAUCACACUCAAAUCGACUGCAUUGCCACCUGGUGUGGUCGCUCGAGUGAUCACGCCGCCCUCCCCGUCGCCCCUGGAAACUGUACACUCUGAAACCGCCCCUGCGACACCUGCAAGGCCCGGAAUGGAGCAUCGAAACAGUUUCAAGCUCAAGCUGUCAGAAUUAGGCCCACCCGAUGAGAGAUUACUCCGUAAUGCAGGACACACCCCGAUGGAAGUCAUCGAGGACGUUGAUAGCCAACGCUCCACUAAAGAAGGUUCUCCCCUUGAGGUUGCCGACCAGAGCGAGGAGGCCCCUAUUGCGCCCGUGGCAACCAAUGUCAAUCAACCCUCCGAGAACCAGAUCUCCUACUUUCCGGAUCUGCCUGAUCAGCCAGAUGAUCCCGCUCUGAAGGGGCCUCUUGGUCUUAUCAAUGAUGAAGAGCACGAUAAAGAUUUUUUGAAUGAGUUAGAUCAAAAACUCCUAGAUCAAAAACUCCUUGUGCAGGCGAAGAAUAUACUCGGCAGCUCGGAUGCAUCGGCAGAUCCCAAUGAGUCUGAUCCCGAGACUGAGUUUCCCACAGGCGACAGGGAGCCUGGGAUCAAGUUCAGGAAAUCCACUAAUUUUGGCACAGCAUUUGGUAUUUCAAAUCUGAGUUGA